GGUGUCUGAUGAAGAAAAGAAGUUGAUGGGUGCCACAAUUAGAAAUGCCAUUAAUGGAGGAGAUCAGCUGGCACUGCCAGCCCCUCAGACAAGACUACCAUUAAUGCCAGGGCCAUCUCAGUAUGGGAAUACACUUGAGUUGCCAGGCCCUCAAGCACAACUAUCACAUGCAGCAACAGGUCUAUUUAGAGAUAUGAUGCCAUUGCAAGCCCCCCAUGCACGCCUAGCACCAACAACACCAUAUCACGGAGCCCAUCAAAUCCAACAUCCACUAGUGGCAACGGCACUUGAGGGAGUAAGGAAUACAGCGACACCAUCACCUUAUGUGGCCAGACCAUCACUUUAUGCACCUACCCAAGGACCAUCAAAUAACACAGGAGCUUCUAGAUCAAAUGAAGAUUUACCUAUGAACCAGUCAAGAGCCAUCAGCACCAUCCAGUCAAAAUCAAACCAGGACGAUUCAGAUUUGCCUUCAGAUAUUGUCGACAUGCUGUUUGACAACUUCGACAAUCUGCCAUCAUCUGGCCAAGUCAACACAACAUCAAACUUGACGUCCAUGACUAGAAACCAUGCACCAAGUUUUAACAACUGUGUUUUCAAUGGACUCACCAUCAACUUCAAUUUAAAUUGAAAAACAAAUGAAGGAUGCCAUCAGGCACAAGUUUGCUAAUUAACUUUAGUAUAAAACAUGAAAAAAACAUACAUACACUUCUACAAUAGGUUAUUGCCAUGAUAAUCUGUGUGGUCCAGAACUGUUCUGAAGUUGUUCCUUUUGUGUUGUCGUUUUUCGUUUCUUUACCAGUUUACAUAUUGAAAAAAUUUGUUGUUUUUCUCGUCCACCAUAGGCCCAGUUAUGAUGGACUAUUCGUUCGCUUGAAAUGUUCUCAUAAGUUAAUAUUUUGAUAUCACAAUAGAAUGUUUUGUCACAGAUAAAUGUAGGCUAGCCUGCAUAUAGGAUAUGCAGUUAUUGUUGCUACACGUGACCUGU